AUGGUCUUUUUCUCACAGCCUCCGCAGCCCCAGCAGACGGUCGUCUUGCUUUUACGCAUCUGCAGUCAGGUCGGCGUCAAGGAGCAGAUUAGCUCCGGAUUGAGCCGACUCUUCCGGUCCCAGACAGUCCAGUCUUGCAGCCGACGAGGGCGGGAAGACUUCGACGAGCCGGACGAAGGCAGCCAACCCGUUCGGACUCGAAGGAUUGGCAUUGCACGACUCGUGUUGCCUCAGAAACGGGAUUCGCGAUCUGAACUGCUGCGUCGCGAAGAAGGUGUAUCGCGUCUGGCG